GUGGAAAGAAGAGGGAGUACAAAAGAAAGAAAAUGUUAAAUGUUGAGGAAGACAGUUAAGAUUAAUGGCGGGCAUGAAAAUAGUGUUUCGUGAUAUUUUUUUUCACGAAUUCAAAAUUUUAAAAUUAAAUUAUUACAAAUAGUGUUAAAAUAUCUCAAUAAAAAUAUUCAAUAAAAGUUAUUUUCCCUCAAUUUCUAAUGACGACUAUCUUCAUGGACUUUCGACACUGUCGACAGUGUGCUGGGUUCCCUUAGGUCGCCAUAUUUCUGUGUCGUGCCGUGUAAGUAGUAUCAUAUUGUAUUAAAUACGUUAACACUCUCGUGUGAAGAUUCUUUAAAUAUGUUAAAAGUGUUGUGGUAUAUCAUUCUAUUUGACAAGAGUUAAAAAUGAAAUUAAAAGAUAUGGUUCUGCUGUUUAUUUUCAUCAUGCUAGAGGGAAAAGAUCGUCACUGGUGUUUCAAAAUGAUAGAAAACUGGAGUGCUGAUGUCCAUUUAUAACUAUGGCUUUGCUAUAUAAAUGUAUUGUUUUUUGUUAAUUUACAAGUCAUGUGUCCGUUUGGUAAUGCAUCAGUGUUUAUCAAAGUUUAAUUAAAAAGACGUUUAUCAGAAGAAUAAUUAUGUCUACAAAAACGGAGUUUGUCGGUUGUCGACAUAACUUUUAUGGCGAGCAUCCUAAUAAGUAUACACUGCCUGGCGUUUCUUUUUUUGAUUCGUCUGCAUAUAAUCGGUGUGGAAAAACUUUAUAAGAGAGAAGGAAAAAAAUUAAAAGGACAAACGAAAUUUCAUAGCACAAAUUAAUUUAUUCCCGUAUCGGGAAAAACGAGGGAGCAACGACAGGGGCGCUGCGAGCACUGGAAGCGCGACACUUCCUACUUAAGAGAAAGUAGAAUGGCUCGCUGUUCAACCGUUCGAUGUCUAUGCAUGUAUGUAUAUACGUGAAACAGCACAAUGGCUGAGGACCGAAAUAAUUCUCAAGGGUUGGUUGGGCAGGCGCACACGAUAGAACAUGGUUCGUCUCCACUUCCUGCAGCGUCGACACUUUCAACAGGACCAAAUGUCGGAAUCGUGGCCGGUGUCACAACAGCGACAACGAAGGAUAAUCAAUCGAUUCAAGAUAAUUCGCCGCCUCGAAGUCCAAGAACAUUGUUGUUGCAGCGUGGAGAGAAUGGUUUUGGCUUUACUCUUCGUCAUUUUAUCGUUUAUCCGCCAGAAUCUUGUUUCAUGCUACCAGAUCAUGAACGAACGAAAAUAGACGAGCCAAUGGAUACGAUAUUCGUGAAACAAGUACGCGAAAAUUCUCCGGCAGCCGAAGCUGGUUUACGAACAGGAGAUCGGGUCGUUUCCGUUGACGGGAAACCAACACGCGGUGAACAAUAUGCGAAAGUAGUUCAACGUAUUCAACAGGCAGGACCUUGGCUACGACUUCUCGUCGUUUCCAAGGAGGACGAUAUUUUACAACGAUAUUUCGGCGAGACGGCUCACAAUCCUGAAACGAAUCAACGACCGCGGUUACGUUCUCCGGAAAGAAGUGGGCACAGGCAGCGUAGAUCGGUCAGUAUGAUUCCUGGUUUAUCGCCAAGGACAAGACAAUCUUGGGUUUGUUCAGCGCCAAGUUCGAUGGCCGCGCCGUUAUGCCAGGAUCAAGAAUUAACUCGACCGUUGAUCGACGAUGGUGUUUCCAGUCGGGAUCAAGAUUUUUCCGAAGAGAUUCAACAAUCGUCUGAAAGUAACGAUAAAACGCAAUCGGCUAAAAAUAUGACUUAUCGUUCUAAACCUUCUCAAGAAAUAAUUAGUCGUUACGAGUCGGUGGAAGAUAACAAAGUAAAAUUACGAAAUCAGCCACAACAAUUAGGAAAAGAUACAUCGAAUUUAAUGCAAUCAUACGAUAGAUCGAUGCAAUCUGAUAUUAAGUAUAACGAUAAAUACGAUCAUUUUGACAGAACGCGUUCCGAAUCUAUCUAUUCGAGAACCAAUAGUGAUCAGAUUUACGAUCGGAUCAAAGAUCCGAUAUACGAACCCGUUCGAUUCGGGGAAUCAUUAAGAACGAAUAUCGAUCAUCAUUCUUCUCAUCAUCAUCAUCAUCAUCAUCAUCACCACUAUCAUCCUCCGCCUCCUCACUAUCAUCAUUAUCAACAAGAAUCGUCGCAACAACAACAACAACAACAACAACAACAACAACAGAAACAACAAGUGCAACAACAGCAGUCUCAUCAACAUUCGAGUUUGACACGAGUUCCAUUAUCCCGAGCGGAGCCGCAAGUACCUAUUUAUCGGCCUGCUUCGAAAAGAAUCAGUUCGCGUCGUGCCAGCGAAGGAAGUACUAGUGGCUCGAUGAUUAAUAAUUUUGAAACGGCAAGCUAUCUUAGCACAGAUGCACUUAGAUCCUGCGAGCAACGUUCCAGAUUCGGUAUCGAUUCCAGAAGGGAUUCUUCUUCGAUCCAUGCCAACGAUCCAUCCUCUUACGAAUCCAGUUCUACUCUAGUCGGGAACGAAGGGAAUGAAAGUAGGAACGAAAAUGGAAGGAAUGGAAAUUUGAGCGGCCACAGAACGAAUAGUGGAACGAGUUCAACUAGCGGGAUAAAUAUAGGAAAUAUCGAUGAUUCGAUUAUCAUGACAAGGCUUCGCAAAAGUUUCGAGCAAAAGGAAGAAUUUUUACGACGGCCGAGCCAACCGAUCGGUUGGUUUCUACCUGAAGAGAGAUCGGAAUCCCCUGUUCGAAGCAACAACAACGGAACUGUUAUUCCAAGAGAAUUCUACGCGAGACCGCAGAAAUUUCAGAAACAAGUUUGGCCACCGACCGAUUCGAAGCAAGAUCAACAAUUGUCGAUAUUGAAAAGUGCUCAAAAUAGUAACAGAACUUUCCCUGGAAAACUUGUGUCCGAUCCUAAAUCCUCGUCUAAUCAGAACGUUCAAAGAACGAAGAGCAGUAACGAUGGGGCAGAAGAAAUUGAUUAUUAUACUUGCCGUAAUGAACAAAUCGAAGAAACUUCUAACACGACUCAUCCUCUGGAAUAUAUACAUCAGCAAAUUGUAACACCUAACGUAUGUGAUCGUUUAAGUACUCCGUCCAGCUGUGACGAUAAUCGAGAUUCGAAAGAAUCCGAUAAACAUCAGCAACAAUUACAACGAAAUAUAGGCAAAUCGAGCAAUUUUGUCGGGACUUUGUCUAGAAUACACGAAAAUAUAGCGAGCGUGGGCGCUUUACUUUCCGGUGAACGACAAUCUAUAGACGGGAGAAAUGGCGCUUCUUCUUUACCUUCGUCUCCUGGGCCUGAGAAAAAGAUGAAUGAUAAAUUUCCUGUACUUCCGCAAGGACUUCAAAUCGUGUCGAAGCGAGCGAAACAAUUCGAAUCGGGACGACUUUUGAGCGACGACGAUGAACCGACCGGUGAUCGUACUAAUCUUUAUCGAAGUGAACUUUCAAGAUUGUCGAACAAACGUAGCGUACCAAAUGUUGCUGUUCGGAAAAGAGAAUUCGAAUCGAAAGCCGAAGCUCAAGAACCAAGGAGAUUACCACCUGUAUCGACAAGGGAAACUAAAUCUUUGGACAGUGGUAGCGGAUUAAAAGGAAACAGAGUAAUUCCCAUAGGCAGCAAACAGAUCCAUUGUGAACCGCCGAUCGACUAUAAUACCUUAGAAGAAACAUCGAAUCCAAGAAUCAUAGAUGGGGAACAUGUACAAUCGAGAAUUCGUAGUAAUAGCGCAGAAUCAUGGGAAUCGACGAGUGCGAAUAACGUGUUAGAAACUGCUAGGCAUCAUUGGUCACGAAGACAGGACGACACUGAACGAAAGCGUAAUAUAAAUGGAAAUGAUGAUGGCAUUUAUGUGGAUACAACUAGAACUAACGACGAAAAUACGAUAAUUGUCGAGAAAGGAUCUAGAAGUCAGCAACAAGAUGAUUACACGCAAAUCAUUAAAACUGAACAUGGUAUGUUACCAUCGGAUAAUGAUACGCACAAUAACCAAGUUGUAUUCAGACGACAAAAGAAUACGCAAAUCGCAGAUGAAGAUCGUGCCACGAGAAGAGUGUCUUACUUGAAAGCAACUUGGGGCGAAAGAAUCCAUGUUGAUAGUGAUUUGGAAUUAAGCGAUUACGAGCCUGUUAUUCAUACUUCUAGAAGCAUUCAUAAGAGAUGGCGGCUACCGUUACUUCCAAACGAUAUAGCAUCGCUUCGUCGCAUCUUCGAGGAAGUGACUCAAUCUGCAAGUUUAAACAAAAAUAUUAAUCGCGGCAACAAUCGGGAACCAGCUGUCACGGAUAUCGUAAAAGAUGUUGGUCAAAUGGAACGAGAAGGACCUCUGCAUGUAAAAUUUACCGUAUUGGAUGGAAAGCGAUCUUCCGAUCGUUCGUGGAAACAAUUGUGGGGUAUUCUUCGUGGACCUAUUCUCUUCUUUUACAAGGAUCGUCAAAAUCAGAGUCCUUCGUUGGCCUGCGACGGUGAAAAUGUAGCUCAAAGCGUGGAUGUAAGAUGUUCCCUUGUAGAUAUCGCAGAGGAUUAUACGAAACGUAAACACGUGUUACGAUUGGCCAAUCCAAACGCAGAAGUUUUACUGCAGACCGAAGAUGCAGCAUCCAUGGCACUUUGGUUACGAGCAUUACAUGAACAUGCUGCCGCUGAAAAACCAUCUGAAAUUGCCCAAAAUAGCACUUUGAAGCAACAAGCUGUCCCACAAACACCAGGACCUACGAAUAGUUCUUCGCCAUGUCAAAUGAAUUCUGUAACAAUGACAGUAUCGACUAGUAGUGGUAGCGGUAGUCAACGAUUGAGUCCUCUUCCAGGACACAAAGGUAUCAAGAAAUUAACUUCCUUUAGGAACAGAUCUCCGACCGGGCAAUCGCCGAUAAAUAAGACUCGAAAACCGAGUCAAACGAUGGAUAAUUUAGUUUCUCCAAAAACUAAGACAUGGAAAGGUAGAGUCGCAAAACAGUUACGAAAAAUGCACGGUCAAACAGCAUCUCCUUCAUCUCCAACCACGCAAUUACCACCAGAGGGUGCUACUUUUAAAGUACCACUCGAACUCUGUCCACCGUCAUCUUUCUCAGAAUAUGUACCAUUGAUCGUCGAAAUGUGUACCAGUAUUGUCGAAGCGAGGGGUCUUGAAGUGGUUGGCAUUUAUAGAGUACCCGGUAAUACCGCUGCUAUUUCACAUUUAACAGAUAGCGUGAACAAAGGUUUCGAAAAUAUCAAUCUCCAGGAUCCUAGAUGGAGCGACGUAAAUGUAAUAUCUUCUCUUCUUAAGUCCUUUUUUCGCCAACUCCCGGAUUCGUUGCUUACUGCAGAAUUAUAUCCUAUGUUUAUCGAUGCUGAUAAAGUCGAAGAUCCCCAGAGGAGAAUGACAACUAUAAGAAAGUUGCUCAGAGAUCUUCCAGAACAUCAUUUCGCAACUCUUAAAUAUUUAAUGUUUCAUUUGAAAAGAAUAGUGGAGCAUAGCGAGGUUAAUAAAAUGGAAGCAAAGAAUUUAGCCAUCGUAUUCGGCCCUACUUUGGUUAGAGCAAGUGGUUCUCGGGACAAUAUGGUUACUAUGGUUACCGAUAUGUCGCAUCAAUGUCGGAUCGUCGAGAGCUUACUAAACAACGUUGAUUGGUUCUUUUCGGACGAUGAUUUGGAUGAUUUAAGUAGAUUGAGCGUUAAUCUUAGUCUUCCAGCAGACACUAGUGAGAUUGAGACAACAACUUCCAGUAAUAAUCAUAAUCUCUUGUUGAACAAUAUUCAGAAAGUCGAAGGAGUACGUGAAAUGGCAUCCGCCAAAGACAUCGUGUCGUCCAUCAUAUCCGCUGCUAAUCGAAAAAUACAAAGAAGAAGAAAAUGUCAAGAUGAGACGGAUAACGAAACUCACGAAGUCGAUAAGCCGAGGAUGAAGCAAGAUACGGAAAAUCUACAAAAUCGACGAAGUAUGGCAUUGAACGAGAGGCAAUGUUCGGUCAGUGAAAUCGUUUUAAUGCACGAAAAUCAAAAUCAAUCGAAUCGUUCCAUCGAUCGUUCCACUGAUCGAUCCGACGAUCGAUCACCGACGCUCGAUGGUAUUGCACAUGCUAGCACCGAUGAUAUAAUAGCUGAUUGCGCCAUUACCAACCGUGAUGUGUUAAAUAAUCACGAUAAUGUCGUUCCUUCCGAAAAGUCAAACAAAUAUUUAAAUCGUGCAAUAGAGUCGGUUCCAUCGAUGCAAUCACCGAUUCAUCGCUCGACCGUCUCGUCGACUUCGGAGUCGUCCCGACUCUCUAGCGAGACUGGCCUGAGCUGCUUCGACGCAAGUUCGACACUUUCGAGUGCCUCGAAUGACACCAAGCAAAGCAACGACGAGAUCACGAUAAGAACGUACGCUGGUUUGAGCGCAACCACUCAAGAACGUAUACGAAGAUUCGAACAGGAAACGAAAGCAAUGUUGCAGAGAGAUCAAAAUCGACAGAGACGAGAAGCUGAAAGGAGAGAGGAAGAACGGCGGAGAAUCGAGACGGAAUGGCAAUUGGCUAAAAAUGAAAUGGAAAACGAUGAUUUGCUCGAUAGUAUAGUCGACACUACUGUGAUGACGCCUACCACUUAUCUUUCAUCCGCGACGAGACUUUCCAACUUUAACGAUAAAUCUUAUCUCGAUAUCGGCUCUCGAUCGACUGGUCGAGUGCCGCAUCUUUCGAUAGCUGUACAACAACAACCUACGUCCGUUAGACGAGUAUCGUUACUCGCAAACGAAUCUACUACGAUUUUACCUCAAGAAAACAUUUCUGACAGUACUAUAAAAAAAUUGAAAACAGAUACCGAACAAAUAUUGGAAGGUUCAACGCUAUCGUCUAUUCGUUACGGUAGCUUAGACUCUCUGCACGAGACGCAUGAAAUUUCUCAAUCGUCACUUUCGCCGACCAAUCAGCAACGGAAACCGCUUUCGAGCGAUGUCUCGGACGAUGGUAGUGAUCUCUUGACCAGUUUGACGACUACUUUCGAUCGUAAAUGGAGAUCCCUGGUAAACUCGUCGAAUCAAACGAUUCGUGGAACCACAAUGGAAAAUUUGUCCUUAAGCGACGAGGAUGCUGUUGUGAUAACACAGCGAGAUUCACAAAACUUGCGAAAUCAACGAGGAGGAGGAGGAGGACUACGAGAAGACAAGGAUCAGGAAAAAACGACCAUUCCUCAAUCUUCUUUCUCGAUUGAAAGUUAUCGAGAUCCGAGUCUCCAUAAAAUGUGUAUUGAAAAGCAUCAAUAUGAUCGGCAAAAAAAUGAUGCUCCGGAAAAGGAUACGGAUUCAUCGGUAACGGAGAAUAGUAGCGUCGAUCGAUUGGACGACGAUUCCAUACCGGACAACGAUCGAAGUGCUAUCGCGCGAAAAAAGAUUGAAUCGAGCAAGGAAACGGUUUAUGAAUCAUCUCCGGAUACGAAUCAAACGCAAGAAUACUGUAGAAUCGAAAAAGAAGCAUCGGUAAAUUUAUCACAAAGUGACAAAGUAGCUGAUGAUGCGAAAGAUUUGAAUCGACGCGAUGUCGAUUCAAAUUAUUCGAACAAGCUUGAAAAAUUUGAAAGUCUAACAAAAUUUGAAGUGAGAUCACGAUUAAAAAGAUCGGAAUCUUUGAAUAAAAGAUCAGAAAAUACUUCGUCCAAAUUAAAAAGAUCCGAAAGUUUGAACAAACAUUCUGUCGAAAGGCUCUCAUCUCCGACCAAUGGCAAGUUGAAGCGAUCCGAAAGUUUGAACAAACAUUCGGAGAGAUCUGAUUCUCCGAAUAGUAAAUUAAAACGAUCAGAAUCGUUGACAAAAACUGAAAAAACUGAAUGUAAUAUUAGCAAGAGGCGACAAUCUGUUAGAAAAGAUAGCGCGACAAAAUUAAAACGAAAAAAUGGUAUGCCCGAACGGUCGAUCAAACGUAGGCAUACUGUAGGCGGUACAAAGGACUUUGAUAAAGUACAUUGGUUGGAUAAUAAAUUACAAGUCGAGGCUGAGAGAGUAGUUAAAAAUGAGUAUAGACCGAAGAAGAGUCAACUCAGAACAAGUUCACCGGAUUUAAGUACAGGUCGUAUUGGCCUUACCGAUGCUAGUUUUCUUAUAGAAGUUAGCUUUCGCGGCCCAAGUAAUGUCGUUUUUAACGUGACUAAUGCUCGUCCACAGUCCUUACCGGAUACUAGUUUAGCUUCCAAAGUGUUUAAAGUACCUCUCGAGAGUCACGUGUAAUAUUAUGUAAAGUAUUGCAUUGAAAAGGAAACAAGAAAACAAAACUGCGAAGAAAAGAGAAAAAAGAAAAAGAAAAUAUUAAUUAAUGAAUUAAAAUUCGUUAAAGCACCAACGUGUUUCUUUUUCAUCAAGCAUUUAUAUCGCAGCGUGUCAAUUAUUUACGUAUCGUACUUGUAAAAACGUGAUCGUGUGCAAUUUUUUGUAUAUAUAACGUAUAUAUAUAUAUAUAAAUUAUACAAAUUAUCGAAUGCUCUGCAAAUGCGGGUGUGUAUGUGUACGUGUAUGUGUGUGACGUGUGCAUGCGUGCAGCGUAUAUUUAUAUACGUACGUACGCACGUACACUCUUUAUAUCGCUACAACAAAAAAAAGCGUUAUAACCCGUAGAUUUUGUAUUUCUUAAUAAUGCAAAAAUGUUUUCACGUAGUUUUAUAUUCAAUUAAACAUAUCGGCUGUGUGAUGUGUCGAUCAAAUUGAUUGACAUUUAUCAUUUGUUUAUGCAUUUUAAACAUAUUUGUAGAGUAGCAACGAUAUCCACGAUCUACGUUGCUUUUUUUCCCAUUACGAAUAUUAUUCGUUCCUUCAAUUAUAUACACGAAUAUAAAAUAGACUGGAUUUAUUGAUACAUUUAAUCGACGAACGAAAUAUGAUGUUUCUUUUACUUGAACAAUUGUGAUUUCAUUCUUGAACACGAUUGAUCUAUAAGAAAUCAUGGAAUCACGUAAGGCAGCUUACGAGCCUGACAAUCUUAGACUUGUAAGAUUUUCUUAAACUUGUAAAUACAUAUUAGGUAUGUACGCAAAUGAAACUUUAAGCCAAUGGCAAAGCGAUAUUUAUUUUAAAUCCGUAACAAUCGUGAUACUAUUAUUUAUUGAAUAUUCGAAAGAGAUACCUGAAAAUUGAAGAACUAAAUAUGGAUAUACAUGGUAUCGAAUUUGUAAAUAAAUCUUAUAUAUUGCUUAUUUAGAAAGCAAUCAAACAUUUUAA